UUCUUCAACGCAACAUAUAGCCCUUCACUACCUAUAAAAGCGAAGAGGUACCAAAGCAAAAGUAUCAGUUGUAAAACACAUCAACCGAAUUCAACAUGAAGCUGUUCGUCAUUGCCGCUAUCUUGGCCGUCGCUGCCGCCGCUCCCUCCAGUUACAAAACUGAGGAGAAGAAAUACGAGAAGGACUACAAAUACCCCGAGAUCACCGUCGUCAGCCAAUCUGAUGAGCGCAACCUCGAUGGCAGCAGCCAGUGGAACUACGCCCAAUCCGACUACGCCACCCGUGCCGAAUCCCAGGCCCAGAAGAAAUUCACCGUCACCACCGUCGAUGAUUACGGCAAAGAAACCAAAGAGGAAGUCUACGGAAACACCAACCAGGGAUCUUCCUACUGGGUUUCUCCUGAAGGCGAGAAAUUCACUUUGACCUGGGUCGCCGAUGAUGCCGGAUUCCAGCCAAAGGGUGAUCACUUGCCCGUUGCCCCCGUCCACGUCUACGAGCUCCCAGUUGCCCCAGUCCAUGAGUACGAGCUCCCAGUUGCUCCCGUCCACGAAUACGAACUCCCCGUUGCCCCCGCUCUCCCGUACAAACGUACCGGAGCUGGAUACUAAAUUAUUAAAUUAUUUUGUGUUGUGUUGCCGUCAAAUCUUGCAAAGGUAUUCGAUGCAUCGACAUCGAAUAUGCUAGUGUAAAUACAAAAGCAGUGAAUUCAACAAAAA